CUGCUAUUCCUAGCAGCUGCUCCUUCACACUACACUAAACCAUCACGCUCCAUUUCUCUCCCCACCUAUUCACACACUCACCGUGUUUGUGCGUGCGUCAGAUAUUUUUUUCUCUUUCUCGCCGGAAAUGAAGAUUCCGGCUUCUGAUGAUCGGAUUCCAGGCUGCCGGAGAACUGAUGUCAUGUUGUUAGUUCCUUUUUCUCCACUUCUGAUUUUGAAUGUUGACGUUCGCCCGUAAUUGAAAACCCAAAGCAAAGGCGAAGGUUUUUUUUUUUUUUACGUAGCACAGUUUACAAGUUAUUCCAUGCUUUGUCUCUGGUAUAUGAUCAAGGGAAGAAUUAUUAGAAUCGUAAGGAAAUUAUGACCUGAUUGUUAAAAGUAUCAUAGAUUUUCGGCCAAAUUCUCGGUUUUUGUUCCGAUCUAAUUUGGUCUAUGAGUUUUAAGAUCUCUUUUUUUUGGAAGAUCGUCUAAUUUUCGCCUUUAUCGCCGACUGUUUUUGUGCGAUCGGUUUGUCUAGUGCCGUUGAGUUUAAUGAGUAGGUGAUCGUUGUUUCCGUAGCCAGUUUUCUUUCUUUCAUCUAGAAUGCCUGGAAAAUUAGGAGUUACCUAGAAAUUGAAGUCUUCAACGUUGACUGCGCGGAGAAAUGGAGCCUGAAAACUAGCGGCGUCGAAAUUGUGAUCAUUUAUUAGUGGACGACUGAAAUUAAUGCCUCAAACCAUGAAAAUUCAACCGAUCGAUUUCAACGAGGCGGAGGAACCGACGGCGAAAUGUGAGGCAGUUGCGAAGCCAGUAUUUAGGUCGAGGUUCAAGUGGCUUUUCGAGAGGCCGUUCUCCAGAGCUCCGGUGACGGAAAAGCCAGCCGGCGCCGCUGAGCCGCUGACUAACAAGGACGGAUUGGAGGAGUUUGAGCCUAGCUCGGUUUGCCUUGCGAAGAUGGUCCAGAAUUUUAUGGAGGAAAACAACGAGAAGCAGCAGCACAAGUGUGGAAGGAACAGAUGCACUUGCUUCAAUGGAAACUGCACGGACAGCUCCGAUGACGAACCAGACUCGUGCAAUUCCUCUUUCUCCCAGGCUUGUGAUACACUUAAGAGUUUGGUGCCCUGUGUUUGUGUAUCCGAAAAGAAUUUGCUAGCAGACACUGCGAAAAUCGUUGAACGACACAAGAUCAACAAACGCAAAGAUGGAUUCUGCAGAAAAAUCGUGGCAGAUGGUCUAAUAGCCCUUGGAUACGACGCUGCAAUCUGCAAAUCGAAAUGGGAAAAAUCCCCUUCUUUCCUCGCUGGAGAAUACGAGUACGUGGACGUGAUAAUCGAAGGGGAAAGACUGAUCAUCGACAUAGAUUUCAGAUCGGAGUUCGCCAUCGCAAGGCCAACCAAAUCAUAUAAACUACUCCUCCAAACACUGCCCAACAUAUUCAUCGGCAAAUCCGACCGCCUCGAGAAGAUAAUCGGAAUCGUCUCCGACGCCGUGAAGCAGAGCCUAAAGAAGAAAGGCAUGCCCGUCCCUCCAUGGCGCAAAGCCGAUUACGUGAAAUCGAAAUGGCUCUCAGCCUCCACCCGAUGCGGAUGCGCCACAGAAACUCAGGUGAGCAGUGAGAGAGAGGAGGCUGGCGAAUUGGAGGUGAUGCUAGGUGGAAAGUCCUCCCCUUCCCCUGAUGAAGGUGAAUCUCUGUUUGUUUUCUCUAACAGUAACAGUAGCAGCGGCAGCCUAUCUGACGACGCCGAGGCUGCGACGCCACAGCUGAAAAAGUGGGAGCUGCCCCUACCCCUAAUUAGGCCUAAAACUUCUACUAACAAAGGAGUGAAGAUGGUGACCGGUUUAGCUUCAGUAAUUGACGAUAAAGCAUAAAAAUUUUGGUCCUAUUUUUGUUGUUAAUCAAUCAGAGUGAUGCUAUCUUACAUGACAUCACCAUUUUCUGGUAUAUCUUUGUAAUCCCUUCGCCUUUUAUGUAAGGGUACUGAUAAUUGUAGCAGAUAGACAGGCUAAUACUAGUACUACUAAUUAAUAGUAUCAAUAAAUAAAUGAUCUUUGGCUUCA